AUGAAUAAAGAUCAUAUCAAAGUUGUGGUAUGUGGUGAUGACGGUGUAGGGAAGACAAGUUUAAUCACAACCUUAUUGAGAGACGAGUUUAUUCCAAAUAUUCAGAACGUCCUCCCGCCGGUUACAAUACUGAAGAACUUCUCCACGAAGCCUUAUUUACCGAAAAGUACUAUAUUGGUCGACACAACUAACGAUGAUAUGGGGUCGUUACAUUCAACUUUGAAGUCUGCUGAUGUUAUAUGGCUGGUUUAUUCGAAUCACGAGUCCUACGAAAGAAUUGCUCUGCAUUGGAUGAUGAUGUUCAGGUCGUUAGGGUUAAAUCUUCCUGUGAUACUUUGUAAGAAUAAGUGUGACAAAUAUGAUCAUGCUGAGAUUGAGGCUUCACUUGACAGGCAGUCAGAGGGAGAGGGAGAUACUAAGAUUGAAGAUGCAGAAUUCAUACCCAUUUUGAUGGAAUUCAAAGAGGUUGAGACUUGUAUUAAAACAAGCGCACUUAGACAAUAUAACGUAAUUCAGGCAUUCUAUUUGUGCCAAAGAUCUAUCAAUUUCCCUAUCAGCCCUUUAUUUGAUGCUAGAAAAGGGACUCUAAAGUCUUUAGCCAUACAUGCUUUGGAAAGAAUUUUCUUACUCUGUGACAAUGACCAGGACAAUUAUUUGAACGAUACUGAAUUGCUGGCACUACAGAGAAAAUGUUUUGGGAAAAAUAUCGACUUUCAGGAGUUAGCAGAUAUUAAACAAACCCUUUGGCAGGUUGGUCUUGAUGACACCCACGAGAAACUUUUUGAAGUCCAGAAGGGUAUCACGAAAGCAGGUUUUUUAACUUUAAACAAACUGUACUGUGAAAAGGGAAGACAUGAAACCGUUUGGCAUGUUCUUCGUGCUUUCAAAUACACAGAUUCUCUGUCGCUGGAUAACCGUUUUUUAUAUCCAAAGAUAACCGUGUCUGAAAGUUCAAGUGUAGAGCUCAGCCCAAAGGGUUACAGGUUUCUUGUUGACCUAUUUCUUAAAUUUGAUAAAGACAAUGAUGGCGGAUUGUGUGAUGAAGAAUUGGCUAAACUUUUCCAAUGUACACCAGGGAUCCCAAAAUCUUGGUCAGAAACGGACUUUCCUAACUCAUCCGUCAUAAAUAAUAAGGGAUUUAUCACAUUACAAGGAUGGCUAGCACAGUGGACUAUGACGACUUUUCUUGAUUAUAAAACUACAACUGCAUAUCUAGUUUAUUUUGGUUUCGAAGAAGACACCAAAGUUGCCUUGCAAGUCACAAGGCCAAGAAAGUUUAGGAGGAGAUCAGGAAAAUUUUAUAGAGCAGACGUUAAUGACAGAAAAGUUUUCAGUUGUUUAGUAGUUGGUAAGCCAAAUAGUGGUAAAACUUCUCUGUUAGAGUCAUUUCUUGGACGCGCUUUCCCUGAAAAAUCCACUUCAACUGAUAAUUCAAGAAUUGCUGUGAACAGUUUGGAAUUGAAGGGAGGAAAACAGUAUUAUCUGGUUUUGCAGGAAUACAACGAGGAUGAUGAGAAGACAGUAUUGAAACAAGCACAGAAAUUCAGUGAAUGUGAUGUUAUUUGUAUGACAUAUGAUUCAAGUGAUCCAGAAUCGUUUUCAUAUAUCAUUGAUCUUUUUGAUAAAUAUGGAGAAUCAAUAAAAAAUAUGCCUGUUAUAUUUGUCGCUCUUAAAGCAGAUCUAGAUAAGCAACAGCAACGCUCUUCCUUACAACCUGAUGAGUACACUGACAGCCUAUCACUUGACCAUCCUUUACAUGUUUCAUCCACAUGGUUAAGUUCAUUGAAUGAAUUGUUUGUAAAAGUAACUGAAGCUGCUUUGACUCCGGCAAAGUUUACACCAGGUCUCACUGAAGAAAUGAAGACCAAUAACGAUAUAGAUUACAAACAAACCGCUGUAAUUAUAGGCUCAACAAUUGGAUUCAUAUCGCUCCUUUCCUUCACUUUAGCAAAAGUAUAUAGAGCAUCCAGACAUAACUGA